AUGCCAGCUCUUUACAACUUCAAAAAGAUAACAGUAGUCCCAUCAGCUGCGGAUUUGAAAGAAAUCGUUCUCUCUAAAACACAGAGAAAAACACCUACUGUAGUUCAUAGGCAUUUUGCGAUCAGCCGUAUCCGCUCAUUUUAUGCACGAAAGAUCAAGUUUUUGCAACAAGAAGUCCAUCCUUUUUACGCUGAUCUUAUGAAUAUUUUAUACGACAAAGAUCAUUAUAAAAUUGCUUUGGGACAAGUUAACACUGCUCGUCACUUAAUUGAUGGCAUUGCUCGAGAAUAUGUACGCUUAAUGAAAUAUGGAGAUUCUUUAUAUCGAUGUAAAAUGCUUAAGCGAGCAGCCCUAGGACGAAUGGUAAAGUUGCUCAGACGCCAGAAGUCGAGUUUCAAUUAUUUAGAGCAAGUGAGGCAGCAUCUCUCGCGAUUACCAACAAUUGAUCCAAAUACAAGGACUUUAAUUUUGUGUGGUUUUCCAAAUGUCGGAAAAUCAUCUUUGAUGAAUUUAUUAACUCGUGCUGAUGUUGAGGUGCAGCCUUAUGCAUUCACUACUAAAGCUCUUUAUGUUGGACAUUUUGAUUAUAAAUAUCUACGUUGGCAAGUCAUCGAUACGCCUGGAAUUUUGGACCAACCUUUAGAAGAACGAAAUACAAUCGAAAUGCAAGCAAUCACUGCAUUAGCUCAUUUGCGAGCUGCAGUUCUGUUUAUGAUGGAUAUUAGUGAAACUUGCGAUCAUUCAAUUGAAGAGCAAGUCGCAUUAUUCGAGAGUAUUCGUCCAUUAUUUGUGAACAAACCAGUAUUAGUUGGUAUGAAUAAAGUGGAUAUAGUAGAACGAAAUCAACUAUUGCCAGAAAAAAUAGAGCACUUAAAAAAAUUAGAUGACAAUGCUAUACCAGUGUUUGAGCUCAGCACUAUUACACAAAUAGGUGUAAUGGAUUUCAGAAACAUGGCAUGUGAUAACCUUUUAACACAACGUGUUGAAACUAAACUGCAGUCAAGGAAAUUAACACUCGAAGGUGGCAUACUUAGUCGGGUCUUUGUUGCCUACCCUACCACAAGAGAUGACAAAGUGCGUUUACCGUCUAUACCGGAAGCAGUUCUGAAGAAAAAACAUCUUAAGAUUAAUAGACUCAAUACAGAUGAAUUGGGUCGAAUACGGAAGCUAGAGCGCGAAAUCGAAUUGGAAAUGCAGGACGAGUAUUUACUUGAUUUAAAAAAAAAUUAUUUGUUGAAAAAUGAAGAAGAAAAAUAUGAUGUAGUCCCUGAAAUAUGGGAAGGACAUAAUAUUGCCGACUUCAUUGCAUCGGACAUCAUGGAAAAGCUGAAUUCAGUCAAAAAUGAAGAAGAGGCAAGAAUUCAAGCUGGAUUUUAUGACAAGAAUUCUGUUGAGGAAGAUGAAGAAACAAGAAAAUUACUUAACGAUGCCAUGAAAAUUGAUGAGAAAGAAAAGCUGCUCAAAAUGGCUUCGCAAGCUAAGAAGGGUAUAACCAAACCACGUUUGGGUCGAUCUUUGACCAGAAAGCGUGAGAGAACUAUGAUACGUUUAGAGGAACAAUUUCGUGAACUCGGUGCUGAUGUAGCUAGCACUCAGUUCAAGAACCUCGCUCAAGAACAGCUGAGGGAACCCAGUGCAAAGAAGUUACGCGUGGGAAAGAGCCCUAGUUUAAGUGCUCGUCGACCUCCUAGUCGUGAUAUUCAAGGCAUAUCAAACAACGUGAUACUUGAAAAGACUAAGAAAAUUGGGCGCAAGAAGCAAAGGGGUCAACAACGUGAAGCAAGGAAAGGAGAAGCUGACAGACAUAUUUUUGUGAAACGCCCAAAACAUCUGUUUUCUGGAAAACGUGGACUCGGAAAAACAGACAGACGUUAA